CAUCGGACUUUCCUUUCGCCACAAAACUGGUUUCCUCCUUGCUGGAAGCACGUCUCACCGACCUGCUCUGCAGUUAGUUUAGCUUUUAACGACAUUUCCACAGCCAUGCUUUUAGUAAAUAGGCUUUUUGUAUGUCUCUUAUGCACUGUGGCUGCGACCUUCGCCUCUGAUGACAAGAUGACAGCAGCCACGGUGUACUGGGACGCAGCACACAAGAUGGUCCUGCUGAAAGAAGGCGUGCUGGAGACGGGGGGAGAUGCAUACGGGUAUCUGAAUGAUACCCUGUCCACCACAGGCUGGAGUAUCCUAGAGAUCCGUGCUGGCUAUGGAAAGACCCCUGAAGAUGACGAGGUGACUUUCUUCCUGGCCGGCUACCUCGAGGGCUUCCUCACUGCCCAGCAGAUGAUGGACCACUACGCCAACAUGUAUCCGCAACUGAUCUCCGACCCCAAGGUGGAUGUUCUGGUUCAGAGUUUCAUGGCAAAGCAGGACUCAUGGACCAGAGAGCAGGUGAAACUGAGCAAGAGCUCUGAUCCUCUGUGGAAACAUGCAGGCUUUAUUGUGGCUCAGAUGGACGGACUGCAAGCAGGAGUCGCAGACUGGGCCAAGAAACAAGGGAAAAAGCCGCUGUCGCUGUUUGCAGUCCAGUUCCUGAAUGCAGUGGGAGACCUGCUGGAUCUGAUCCCAACACUGGGCCCCACCUCCAAUCCUCCGCUCAGAGACCUCAAACUUCCAGGGAUGGGACACUGCUCUGCUCUCAUCAAGAUGCUUCCUGGCUUUGAGAACCUUCUGUUUGCCCACUCUAGCUGGUACACGUAUGCUGCUACAAUGCGGAUCUACAAACACUGGGAUUUCCACAUCACUGAGCCCAACACGGCCACUGGGAAACUGUCCUUCAGCAGCUACCCUGGUUUCUUGGUGUCUCUGGAUGACUUCUACCUCUUGGGCAGCGGUCUGAUGAUGACCCAGACCACCAACAGUGUCUUCAACUCCUCCCUUUUUGACACAAUCACACCCAACAGCCUGCUGGCAUGGCAGAGGGUCAGGCUGGCUAACAGUUUGGCACAUACCGGCGAAGAGUGGGCCAAAACCUUCUCUAUGCACAACUCUGGUACAUACAACAACCAGUACAUGGUGUUGGACAGGAGCAAAAUAAAGCUGGGACACAGUGUAGAUGACGGUGCUCUGACUGUGGUGGAGCAGAUCCCUGGACUGGUGGAGUACUCCGACCAGACACAGGCUCUGCGCAGAGGUUACUGGCCAUCCUACAAUGUCCCCUUCCACCAGAAGAUCUACAAGCUGAGUGGUUACAACGAAAUGUGGGAGGAGUAUGGAGAGGACUUCUCCUAUGAUCUUUGUCCAAGAGCCAAGAUCUUCCGCCGUGAUCAGGCCAGUGUCAAGGACCUGGACUCCCUGAAGCACAUCAUGAGGUUUAAUGAAUACAAAAAUGAUCCAUACUCUAAGGGUGACCCCUGCAAGACCAUCUGUUGCCGUAACGACCUGAGAGCAGAAAGGCCUUCACCAGGAGGUUGCUAUGACACUAAGGUGACAGAUUUCCACAUGGCUGGGGACUUCCGUGCGGAGGCGGUAAACGGGCCAACGACACAGGAUGGACUCCCGCCGUUCUUUUGGGAUCAAUUCAGCAGCAUCGGCCACCAGGGUCUGCCGCCGUACUACAACUUCACCUUCAUCAAAAUGAAGCCUCUUCUCUUCAAGCCCUGAGGUGUGUGUGUGUGUGUGUGCAUUUGACGCUUUCAGAGUAACAAAGGUGCGAUCUGCUGUUUCUUUUUGUGGUUCAGACAUCUGUUUGCACGCUGAUGAUUUUUAUUUUAAUUAUUACUUCAGAAUUGCGUCCCACCAACAACUGCUUUCUUUUUAAGGUUUUAAAUUUUGUUAGCAACAGUAUUUCCUUCCUUCUGAUUCAAUGCACAAUGUCAAGCUGCCAAUCAGAUUUUAAUUCAGUUUUUUAACGUGUACAUGUCUCAUGUAUGAUUUAAUUUGACGUACAGCAGAAAUCAUUACAGUUUUUUAUACCUACAGCCAUUUGUGCCUUGAACACUGAGAUUAGCUUUAAAAAAUGCAGAAUCGAUGCACUAUAUCAGUGUCCAUGCCGUCUUUAAUCCUUUUUUAAAUGCUUGAAUGUCCUCAUACAUGCAAAACGCUAUAAUUUCAGUGGUGAAUGAAAUCAGUGCAAUGUUAAACUCAGGGCUGUUGAUCUUUCCUAGUGCUGUGAUUUAUGUGCAUCUAUUUCUUAUACUGUGCAAAAUGAAAAUAUCUCAGGUUUGUAUUUUUAUAUAAGCCUAUGUUUCUUAUGUAAAAUGAUGUGAAAUGCUGCACAUCUGUAUCGCUGCAACAUGUUAUGUGUUGAUUGUUUAUUAAAGUUUUACAGUUGUGCAGGCACA